AGUCGCACGGCCGCCGCCGCCGACCGGUCCGGGGGCAGUGACCGCUCCUUCCUCUGCUCCGGCCACGCCGCUCCCGCCUGUUCGGACGUCUCUUCGGUGAUCCUGAGGCGCGUGGCGGGGCCGUGCCCCCCUGCACCGGCUGUCGCCGCAGCACCUAAGCGGGGAGAGGAGUCAGGCCGCCCGGCCGCCCUCCUGCACCCUCCUCCCGGCCAGGCGGAGGGACCCCCAGGAGUCCACCGAGGGUCGUGGGAGGACCCCGGGUCCGUGGCUAGGCUCCUCCACUUGGUGUCGUCCUGGAAAAGGCCCCGCACCUCCAAGGUUUCUGUUCACUCAGUCACCUCCGAGAGCCUGUCUAGCCCUAGUGCUUUGGAAUUAAGUUCCUUCUACCUGCUUCUCCCCAAAACACACACUCUUGUCCUUCAGACUAUGGAGUCGCCUGCAUUCGCUGCUCCUGAGUUUUUAAGUGGAAAUGGUUUAAUUUGAGCAAGUCUCAAGGAAUCGAGUGCUUGAAACUGUUUCUGCAUAGCAUAUUACAUAAACUUGAGGAAUUAGCAAUUAUACGGUCAAAGUGGUGGGGGAACUGGGAUGCGGAGCCGCUGGUGAAGAUGGAGCUUGCUGGUGAACAGCCCCUUCCCACUCCUCCGCUUCUUAUGGACUGGCUGCCUUUAAACGAAAUCAUCCCAGUGCUGCCCGGGCCCUCC